GUAGGCGAGCGACGCAUGCGCGCGGUCGUCUUAGGUUUUCCUUUUCAACAUGGUCGUAAGACGUUCUGAAAAUUUUACUGUUUUCGAAGUGAUACGUUUUGGAAGUGCUUGAAAUUGUGUUAGGAUCGAAUAGCUCGACGAACGGGAUCGCAUUCGUCGCGUUUUCGGCCUUAUUUCACCCUGUCACGUAGGCCAUCAGAAAUAGGUUAAUUUCGUUUGUUUCGAAAUGAAGAAGCGUUUCAAUAACGAGCGCGACUCCUCGGAGCCGCCCGAUAAGAAGACUGAGAUCUCCACGGGCGAUAUUAAGGCGGGCACCAUGUUGGUCGACAUUUUAGGAAAUAUGUGGAAAUUGGGGAAGACGGUUGGUUUAGGAGGGUUCGGCGAGAUCUACCUGGCAAGUGAUGAUAUCUCAGGGGACGUUAGCGCGGACGCACCUUUCGUGGCGAAAGUGGAAAGUCACACGAGUGGACCGCUGUUUGUCGAAAUACAUUGUUAUCUUCGCAUCGGAAAGGCUGCAGCGAUUAAGCAAUGGAAGACUGACAGGAAGACGCAACAUUUAGCAAUACCACACUACGUAGCCUAUGGUUCUCAUACCGUUGGGGAUAAUAAAUAUCGUUUCCUAAUAUUACCUCGGUACGAAAAAGACUUACAAGCAAUCUUCGAUGUGAAACGGAAAUUUAAUCUUAAAACCGCCUUGACGAUCAGCCUUCAAAUUGUCGACGCCUUAGAAUACUUACACGAUAACGGUUAUGUUCACUCCGAUAUUAAAGCGUCUAAUAUUUUGUAUAACGAGUACAAGAAGAAGCCCAGUACGCCCAACGGCAAGUCCAUUCGCUAUUCCGGCUGUCGACCCGUGCGUACCUGUAAAGUGCGAAAAAUUCAACGAGUCUUGCGUACAAACUUCUACCUGUACAAUGAGGAGUCGAAGACGGAAGCUCAGCCGAUGAAUAACAUCGAUCAAAUUUUCCUAUUAGACUACGGACUUGCCUGUAAAUAUGUGACGUCGACAGGUGAACCGAAACCUUACGAUUACGACUCGCGUAAAGCGCACGCCGGUACGAUUUUGUUUUGCUCGCGAGACGCCCACGAGGGCGCCCAGUCGCCUAGGUCGGAUCUCGAGUGUCUCGGUUUUAACCUGAUCUAUUGGUUAACGUCGGACCUCCCGUGGAGCAAAAGCUCCGACCCGGAAACCGUCCACAAAAAGAAGUGCCGGUACAUGCAAAACCUCAAACCAUUCCUCGAGUACGCCUUCAACUUCGAAUACCCGCGGUUUCUCUACGACUACUUCACCUACCUGCAAAGUUUGGAGUUCGAACGCAAGCCCGACUACUCGUACAUACGCACUCUGUUCGGAAAGGCGCUGAAGGAGUACGGCUACAAGGACGACCUGCUGCUAGAUUUCGACAAUCGGGAGGGAUGGGGCCGGAAGCAGAAGAAGACCAAGUGCAAUUCGGAAAACGUGAAAGUGAAGUGCGCCAAGAUGCUACUGCAGCGCGCGCCGUUACAAUCGAACUUACCGGUGCGGCGCAAGGUCAUCAAGCGCGACGUCGUGAAGCGUAAAAAGGACUGGAUUUCGCAGCUCGUCGAUCCCGAAGUGAUCAUCAAACGGGCGCGCGAGAGGAAGCUGACCGACACGAGCGAGAAUAGCGGCAUUCAAAAUUUGGAUAUACACGCCUUGAAUCCGACAUCCGCGAUGCUCGACGUCUUCAAUAAGUCGAUGGAGAGGUUAAACUCGAACGGACACUCGCCACGUGAUCGGGGAGAUAUUUUCGCAACGUAUAUCGAAGGCUACACUCCAGCAAUGGUGGAGGUGUACAACCGAAUGAAGGAACGCCAGUAUUUAGAAUAUCAAGCCGUACUCGCGAAGUUGAAGAGAAGUAAGAAAAAGGCCGCCAAACGAGUACAGUCGGCCAAAAGUAAAGUGUCCCAAGCGGAGCGUGCCACAGUUAACAAAAAGGACAAAUCGAAAGUGAUUACUUUGAAAAGGACUUACAGUCUUCGAGGCUAGCGGGGGCAAUUUACCUAUUUUUUACGAGUAUUAUAUUGAGUUUAGUUUUAUACGUAAUUUUUUUGAUUUCUUAUUAGUUGAUUAUUGUGGAUAAUUUAGUUUAUAACCGGGAGAUUCCUCUUUGCUUCCUGACGAAAUUAUCUGUACCUGAUC